ACUGACUAAAAUACAAGUUUAUUUCAUAAUAAUAUACGUUUAAUAUAAAAUAUUGAGAAAUAAGGAGUAGGUACAUCAGUAUAGACGGUAUAGUAGGAAUAACUGGAAUAAGAUAUUACUUAGGUAAUACCUACUUCUACGGUUCUACUUCUUCCACUGGUUUUAUUGUAAACAAGCUUAAUAAAAUUCACACUUGAAACAAUCGAAACUUUUACUAAAGUGUUUAUUGGCUGAAAAGCUAAAGACUUGUAAUGCCUGUGUUGAUGUGCCUAAUACUAUUAAUAGUAGCAAAAAUCAACUGUGGGUGGAAAGCUGCAACGCCAUCAAUACACAGUAGCCGCGUGGGAUCGACUACAGAAGGUUUUACCAGUUCUUGUGCUGUAGUCGAAGAAGGCGUUCCAGUGUGCCAAGAUCCCAUUAAGGAUAACAAGUAUUUCCAUAAGCUGUCCACGAUGCGAACGCCGUUCCUCGAUAACUGGUUCGACGGAAUUCGAGACGACCGGAAAUCAACGGCGGGAGGUAGUAGUCGUCCUUUAGGCUGGUGGUGGCGUUUCAUCAGUGAACUAAAACGGAAUCUCGAGAAAAAAGACCAAGUUUCGUCGACGAAGAUGACUGCAGUUCGGAGCGACGCGUCCCUGAUACCGGAAACAAUCGUCACGUACUCGAUUAAGGGUUGCAGCCCCACUAUAGUACCGUUCGAUUUGUCGGCUUGCAGCAACUUACCACCGGAUGCACCGCAGCAUGUCAGCACCACCCGAGUAAUCUACUACGUGCCACCGUCUUCCCAGAUCGACAGAUACGACCAAUCCGACUUUGACCAAUGAUUGAUGUCUGUCAGUCAUAACAAAAUUAAUAAUAUUUAAAUUACUAUUAUCAAAUAUACUAUAGGGCAAAACAUAUACUAUUGUAAUACUGUAAUAAAGUU